UCUUGAUUUGACCUCGUAUUUUUCCGAGUUCCCAGUUAUUGUGAACGCGUCAUUAUUAUAGCUCAACGCGUGAAAGUACGGUAUGUGACGUCAUUAUAAAACUGCUGUGACGCUGGGGUCGACUAUUCGGUCAAUACGGUACUUUCAUAGUUACCACGUUAUAUUAGCGAACGCUAAAGUUAUCGCAUACCAUACUGACUUUACAUUUUGUAUCUAAACCAACCUGUUUAUACAUUGUUGCCAUCAAGGUACACUCAAGAACAUGGCAGAAAGUGACUGGGAUACCGUGACCGUACUGAGAAAGAAGGGACCAUCUGUCGCACAGUCGAAGUCGAAACAGGUAGCUAACGUUAGUUAGGUAGCUAGCAAGCUUGGGCUAAUGCGUUAGCGAACGUUAGCUGAUAACUAGCGUAGUCUGGUUAGCCAGCGUCUGAACACGCUUGUCAGUGAACUGGGACCUAGCUGGCUUGGCUAUCUUUGGCUUAAAACCUAUUUACUUUUUCUUACUAGCUGUCUACCCUGCUAGCUUAUUUGCAUUCGAACUUGUAAUAAGUUGGCCGACGUUUGCCAGAAAUGGUUCCAAAUGUACCUAGCUAGCUAGUAGUUAGCUAAAGACUACAGUCUAGUUAUGUUAACCAAAGAUGGUGGUGUUGUUAUUAUUGACUUUCCCUUUAAACUUUGGUGUGUGUCCUGUAAUGUGGCUAAGUAGGUAACGUUUAACUAGUUAUAAUUUAUGAACUUGCUACACAGCCAGAACACAUUGACACAACAAUGUGAUACGUUACUGUCUUUUAGGCUGUUGCAGCAGCUCAAAGACGUGGGGAAGAACUUGAUACCACUAAGAAAUGUAAGAACUCCCAUCAAUUUGUUCCUGUCCUUGUGUUAUCUUUUGGUUUUGAAGGAUGUUGUGCCAUGUCUGUGGUUAUUUAUUAUUAAAUGUUGAGAUAACAGAUGGAUUGCUUGCUACACACACCAUCUCAAUAAUGUCAUCAAGGCCUUUAGUUUUUACUCAAUUACAAUUUUUGUUCUUUACUGCCAAUUCGAAUUUCAUUAUCUACAAUGAUGGAAUCAUGGCAGUAUUGAGCAAGUGUUUGAUUUCCCAGGGGAAGUGUACUGAAGGGGAGUAAACAUAUUCAUAUUUAAACACAAAAGCACAAACACACAUUUGUCUGUGACGUAAGUCUAGAAAUAUAGUUAUUUAAAUCUGCCAAUACAGGUUGUUAGAGCCAUUUUGUAUGAUAUGUAACUAAAGGGGCCACCCAUUGUCUUUCGACAGCUAGGCUACAUCGGCCAUCAAAGCAGACUGCUGUCAAACUCUGACAUAAGACAAUGUCAGUCAACGUCAAUCUUGAUUCUUGGGAUCCACAGGGUGUACUUUUUCCAGCCCAGUAACAUACAGUAGUUGAUUAAACUCAAGUGCUUUAUGAUUAGUUGAGUCAAGUGUGUCUACUGGGCUGGAACAAAAACCUGAAAACCAUGUGGGUCCCCAGGAUCAGGAAUGAAGAACAAAGGGUGGCCCUUUUUGUUUGAGUCUUGUAUCUUAGAAUACAUGUAAUAUUGUACAGCAUUUGCCUGAUAGUCCCAAGAAUUAGAUAUUGUUGUUGAAUUUGUGUUAGCCUAUAUUACCCCUCUCUUCUUCUCUCCCUCUCUCAGGGGCUGCAGGACAAAACAAACAGCACGUGAUCACCAAGAAUACAGCCAAGCUUGACAGAGAGACUGAAGAGCUUCAACACCAAAGAGUAUCUCUGGAGGUGGGCAAGGUCAUCCAGCAAGGCCGGCAAAAUCAGGGCCUGACACAGAAAGACCUGGCCACUGUAAGUACACUCUCCCAAAUGUGGAUGAAGAGAUUAAAAUAUAGGAACUGUUCAUUUUCACUGAGGGUUGUUUAUUGAAGUGUAUUUACCUUUGCUUAGCAGGGCUUGGAUCAAAUUAAUUUUCUAUACCAGUCAUGGAUAUGUUGUUGGUCAAUUUUUUUUAGAAAAUCAAUGAAAAACCACAGAUAAUUGGAGAUUACGAAUCUGGAAAGGCUAUCCCCAAUAACCAAGUCAUGGGAAAGAUUGAAAGAGCAAUUGGUGAGUUUUUAUUUACAGGUCUUUUUUCUGACACUGACAUUCUACAUUUUCUAGCAUAGCUUCAUAUGGAUUUGUGGUUGUCAAAUCAUCCUUCUCGCAGCAUAGGCCUGUUUGACACCAUUAUUGGGUUAUUUUUGUACUAACUAGUCUGAUUACAAUAAUAUAUGAUUAUAUCAGUAUCACUAAUGGAACAAUAAAGCCCAGGUGUUUCGAGAUGGUGUCAACAAAAAUCUGAGCGUUUUUCCUCCUUGUUGUCCAUAGGACUGAAGUUGCGUGGGAAGGACAUUGGGAAACCCUUGGAGGCAGUCCCAAAGAAAAAGUGAAGGCAAAGCCUCGAAGCAGCUUAGCCUACAAUAUUACCACCACAGCUGACAGCCUUGCAAAUUCUCCAGAGAGCUAGCACACCUUAACCAGUUUAUUUAACUUGGGCUGCUACUUUCUUUUACUGCCCUGAUUCCAGUAAUGAAUGUCAAGCUUGCAGGACCUGAUUUAAACAUCAACAUUGCAUUACUAGAUUCAAAUAUACUGUGGUUUUGUUUUGCAUCUGGCUUUCAGCAAACUACAAGAAGAGAAAAUUGAUUUUUACUGAAUGGUUUUAAUGUCUACAAUACUAUCUUCUAUACUCGCUGAGGUCUGUCUCCAUGUUCUGUGGUCAUUCCCUUUCAACUAGACAUGAAUAAGUUUGGCAUUUUGGCUAAAGGGUUUUAUUGUAGCGUAUGCUUUUCUAACAUUUAUGCAAGAAUGCUGCUUUCAUGGGCUGGUCUCUCCCGAAAAAGUGAUUUAUUAAAUCUCAAGGGACCAAAAAGUUAAACUAAAUAAUAAAAUCUGGAAUAUGAAA